GGACAAGGCUCCGAAGAGCCGCGCAGCCUCACGACCACGAGGCACAAUGUCAUUGUGCAUGACCUGCCUAUUCCAGUGAAGGAUGACUUCGCCAAGCUGGUGCUCCAGGUUUUUCCACAACUGUGCCGAGUGGUUACCCUCCGCGGCUUCAGAAGCAGCCCUCUGGUCUAUACACGGGACGAAGGCAACAUAUGUGCGACGGCAUCUGUCAGCUGUAGUGAGAGUACCAAGACCUCGGAGCCGUCGACAUCCUUUUUAUCGGCGUGCUGCUUGCAGCUGACCACCAUGCGUGGGAAGCAUACGGGUUUCGUGCAACCGUGCGAGUGUGCCGCUCACAAGAAGCUUUUUUCGUCGACGCCGUCGUAUUCCUCGAGUUCUGUUGUAGCAUCCGCGGUGGAGAAGAAAAUGGAAGAUCUAGUUUCGCUUUCCGAAAGCUGCUCCUUUGCAGCUGAGCAUACAGUGAAAUUUCUUUUCGAGGCCGACGUGGUCGAUGAUCAUCAUGCCCCUACCUAUGGAUCUGCUCUUCAUCUCUCCAGCUCCUCCCCUGGUGCCGAGCCGGCGUUGCCCACAGGAUCAUCGUCAAGCUCCUGCACCACGACGACCAGGAGCUGGCACACGACUACAUCGGCAGGCCCCGAUGAAGUAGCUGUAGUCGCACCACCAGCACCAGAUUCACGACCCUCGAAGAUGCAGGCGGAUUUCUCUAAGUCCCUUCGGGAACAGAUUCCCUGCGCUAUGUUGGUGCAUGUGUCCACGACGAGGACCAUCCAACAUGGUACGAACAAGAACGUCAUGGACAGCUUAUCCUGUGUAAAUAAAACGUCCCCACGACCUCCUCCCCAGAGUCAAAAUGGGAAUUUUGCAACAAAGAGAAAGAUGCAGGAGCUUUGAUGGGAUCUAUCUUCCAGGACCUUUGACAACUUUCUUCAUCUGGUAUUGUACUGCAAAUGUAAAUAGCAAGGACAAGUAGAGCCCCAUUACGAAGCGAGCCAUAUUCUUAUCCUGUCCACAGCUUCUUCCCCCGCUGAUCAGUCCCUGUUCCGACCCGACGUCGAGAGGGUUUAGAGGGUUUAAAGGGUUUGCUGGGUUUUGUUUUAGGGUUCCUAUUUGAUCUUAUCCUGCUUACAGCAUUUACAAAUGAAAAAAUGCCAAAGCGCUAGCUACAAAUGCUUCUCAUGUUGGUUGGGAUGCGCGUUUGCAUUUAAUGUUUCUGUCCGUGUAGAUGAUGCAUGUCUGGUGCAUGACAACUCUGAAGAUGGGGUGGGGAGGAGGUUUUUACACAUGAUCUUACAACUGCAUCAGCAGUGCGCCGCCUGCUUCGAAGGAGACCGAGAUAAAAUACGGGGAUCUUCCUGCCGACGAGCUUCCUGCGUUUUUUGUCACUGAUGUGCGGUGGCACAAGACGAAAAUUGAGGCGCGGCGUGCCGCAGAAAGGACUGUAUAUGCGCUACGAGGUCCAAACACAAAUCCUGUUACUCGGGUCGCCGCCGACUAUGUUGAGCCGCUUGUGCACCCCCCGGAGUUCCACAUUGACAACAGAAGCGUCCUCCAACCGCCUCCUGGCGAGCAAGAGCAUCUUCAUCACGUUGUUGAUCCAGCACUUGAUAGCUCCACCAUUACCGAGAAGCCCUCGUCGACCAGUUUCACCUGUCUCGCGGGUGGCGGCGGUGCUGGCAGAAGACUGGGCCUGAUGUGCGAUGGAGGUAGUAGAACAAGUGGACGAGGACCUCUCGGUCCCGGCGAUGAAAACACGACCGCUAGGACCACCCGCACUGCCCAAGAAGCACAACCUCGCGCGUUGUCGAUGUCCGUCAACAAGCCAUCGGCUGCGAUCUCGUCGUCCGCUAGCGACGAUUCAACGGCUGCACGACUCGACACAGGAUCUCGUCGAUCUCCCACCGUCGAUAAUGCGCUGCCGCAAGGGCCGCCGCGGGAGCGCGGAUUAUGUGAGGUUGAGGAGAACGACGAGCAAGACCAUUGUAGUACGGGAACAAGGACUAGCCCCUCCUCGUCCGCAGCGAAAAGAAGUUUGUGUACCUCCACAACUACGACUGGCGACGCCACUAGCACAGCACGAACAAGAACACAGUCUGCUGCUUCUGCUACUUCUUCGACCUCUUCAGUCACUGUCAACGAAGAAGUCGAAGUAGGCAGGCAGGAAGAUGUCGACCCAGGUCCGCAGCAUCAUGAUGAGGCCGCAACUUUGAUAUCUCCGGAGGACCUCAAGAUUUCGCAUGAUAAUCAUUGUCGCACCGCGACGGACGGAUGA